AAUACAGGAGUCUGGCUGUGGGUGUGCAGUACUUCACAGUGCAAUCAAGAGAGGAGUCUACAUGGGGUCUGGUUUGUUUGUGUCACACAGCAACAGCUAACAGAGCUUGUGUUCUGAAGAUGACAUUCCUGGGGAGGACCUGUCUCAUUGUCUUGAGUUUGCUACCAGCUGUUUCUACACAGACAGGUGGAUGGCGUGUCGUUGGCUCUGAUCAGCCUGUCAUUGCUUAUCUUGGUGAUGAUGUCAUCUUGCCCUGUCACAUUUCACCCAGUGUCAGUGCUGUGGACAUGGAAGUGAGGUGGUUCAGGGAUGCAUUUGACAAAACAGUCCAUUUCUAUAGUUUCCAAAAGAAUCUUCUAGGAACACAGGACAGAGCUUACCAGGACCGCACUGCUCUCUCUUCAUCUGCACUGGAGACAGGCGAUAUCUCUCUGAGACUGAGAAACAUCCAGCCCUCUGACAGAGGUGUCUAUACCUGCUCAGCUGAUGAUGGAAGUCAGCAUGAAGAAGGACAGACUGAAGUGAUAGUUGCAGCUCUGGGGACCCAGCCCUCAAUCUCUAUGGACUCUACACAAGGAGAGCAGACCCGGCUGGUGUGCAGAUCAGUGGGGUGGAGCCCUGAACCUGAAGUGAUCUGGAGAGACAGGGAUGGAAACGAUGUGACAUCACUGUCCAACACAACAGUGCAGAGGGACAGUCAGGGGCUCCUCAGUGUCAGCAGCUACAUCAAAAUCAAUCAGCAGUCCAACGUGUUCUCUUGUCUGUUUAGAAGUAAAAUGCCAAAACCAGACUGGGAAUCCAAACUCCACAUAUCCAGGGAUUUUUUCCCAGGAGUCUGUGGAUGGAUGGUGGCCUUCUUCUUGACUUUAGUUCUCAGUAUUGGAGCCAUUCCUCUGCUGGUGAUCCAAUGGAGAAGAAUGGAUGCCAUGGAGAGAAAGCUUGAGCCUAUGGCUGCUCUGCAUCUUCAGAAGGAACUUGAGUCUGUGAGCCACACCCUUCAAUCAGAAUGGAAGUGGAUCCUCAGCUCAGCAGUUGACAGUUUGACUCUGGACCUCGAUACAGCACACCCCCGGCUCACCCUGCCUGUGGAUGAGAAACAAGAGAGAAGGAAAAGGCAGGAUCAUAACAAUCCCUUGAGAUUUGAUUCCAGGCGCUGUGUGCUGGGCAGGGAGGGCUUCACCUCAGGGAGACACUACUGGGAGCUGGGGGUGGGAGUGAACACAUUCUGGAGAUUAGGAGUCAGCAGAGAGUCUGCCCUGAGGAAGGGGAAGUUCAGCACAACCCCUCAGCAUGGUUACUGGACUGUGGGGUGGGAUGGAGAUGAAGAUAAAGAGGAGUUCAUUGCUCUCACUGACCCCCAGACCCCCCUUUCCCUGAGCCUGAAGCCCCAGAAGCUGGGAGUGUAUCUGGAUUAUGAGGAAAGGCAGCUCUCCUUUUACAAUGUGGAGACAGGCUCUCACAUCUACACUUUCACUGACAUGGAGUUCAAUCCCAAUGAGAAACUCUAUCCAUUCUUCUGGACGUUGGAAUACAAAGACCUUGUGCUGGCAUCCCCGGGAAAGAUGAAUGACAGCUCUUUCUUGCUUCUAGUCUGGGAAUUGAUUCUUGCUGCAUCAGUUGAUGUGACUCUGGACCCUGAUACAGCAAAUUCCAAGCUUAUCCUGUCUGCGGAUGGGAAACGAGUAAGACUGGGAAAUACAGUGCAGGAUCUCCCUGACAAUCCAGAGAGAUUUAAUCGCAGGUCCUGUGUGAUGGGCAGGGAGGGCUUCACCUCAGGGAGACACUACUGGCAGGUGCAUGUGGGGGAGAAUACAGACUGGAAAGUAGGAGUCAGCAGAGAGUCUGCCCAGAGGAAGGGGGGGUUCCACAUAACCCCGCAACGUGGUUACUGGACUGUGGAGUGGAGUGGAGAUGAGUUUAAUGCUCUCAGUGCCCCCCAGACUCCUCUUCCCAUGAGCCUGAAGCCCCAGGUGCUGGGGCUGUAUCUGGAUUAUGAGGAAGGGCAGCUCUCCUUUUACAAUGUGGAGACCAGCUCUCACAUCUACACUUUCACUGACAUAGAGUUAAAUCAGAAUGAGAAAAUCUAUCCAUUCUUCUAUACUGUGGACUUGAAUACAGACCUUGUGCCCUAUCAGUCCGCUAUCAGUACUGGAGAUUAAACACACAUUGUUGUCUCAUCCAGGAAACUAUUCAAACAGCUCAGACAAUGUCCUUUUCACUUUCUCUGACAUCCCUGCACUCUUCUGGGCUGAUGAUUGUGAAGACCUUGUCUUUGUCAACACUGGCCAUGCUUACAGGCAAGAGGGAGAAGCCCUUUACCUCGCCAUUCCAGAUUUAAAUGAUACUGUGGAAAAGUGUAAAUACUAAAUAGUUCUUUAUUAACAAGGGGCACCAAAAGAAGUAAUCUCAAAGACAGCCUGUCUACAUUUGAUAAAAAUCUGAAAUCCUCUCUCUCAUCCUCUUUUUUUUUUUGGAACAAAGACCUGAAUAGGACAAUGGCUAAAGUCAUCACCGCAGUCAUCAAUGCUGCAAAACAAACUGAGAACACUAUGUAACAUAAUUUUUGUUCCUGGGUAGUAAGUGUUAUUUCCUAAUUGCUUA